AUGAGUUUUACGGGUUCAUUGGCGUUGGCUGGUGUCGGCGGCUUGGUGUACAAGUUUGGCGGGGGCCAAUCGUACGUGAAGCUUCCUCACGUUAAUAUCCCUUUCAAUCAAUACCUGGACAAAGUGUACAAGGAACACUUCACCAAAGUUGUGAACCGUACCAGAAACGUGCUGAUGAACUUCUUCAAGGAUGCGUUCACGGGAGGGGCCUUCAUGUACCCGUUCAGAGGGUUUAUGGAGUUCAACGCAAAUAAGGGUAGUUACUCGACCGCUAUGCUAGGAAUAUUAUCUAGCUACUUGGUGAUGUUUGCUCUGGUGAGCUUUGUCUACUGGGCCACGAUUACACCAAUGUACACGGCGUUUUUAAUCGUGUUGGGUCCGGUUGGCCUUUUCAUCGCCAUCUUGCAUUCUUUUUUGCAAGCAAAUGUUUUCACUUUACUGUUCAUGAGGCUGAGCCACUUCAACAACCAUUUGGUUGAAGUUUGCUUAAAGAAGAAAGGCCUAGAGCAGGCUCUUGAAGGGGCGAAACCGAUCAAGUACUAUGUGCCUAUUAAUUCCGUGUAUUUCUGGGCUUAUUAUUUCCCCUUCAAGCUGAUUAAGUACAUUUUGGGGUCAGUGGUUCUUUCCGCUCUAUUAUUAUUAUCCUUUUUCCCACUGGCGGGGCCUAUUCUUUUCCAUAUUUUGAUCUCUCCCUUCAUUGCCCAAAUUUACUUCACAAAAGUUUUACGUUUACAGAAUUUCAGUAAUAUACAAAGACGCGAAAAUAUCUAUCUUCACGCUGGCCAGUAUGCCUCGUUUGGGUUUUCCGCAGGGUUGAUUGAGUCUGUACCAAUUUUAGCCGGAUUUGCCAUUUCUACAAAUACUAUUGGUAGUGUUUUAUUGAAUCUUGAUCAUCCGAUGAUUCCGGAAACAGAAACUGAGGUUGAAAUAUUACCCCAAGAGACCAAUGAACAAGUAAAUCAAUAA